CAAUGCGUGUUCCACAUUCAGUAGCUUUGUUGUCGAUGGUGUAUUUGUACCAAUACUGUGGCGCCAGCACCGAGUUAGAGGGGCAUAGCUGCAACGAAGAUCCACAAGUGAAAUAUUCGUCGGAUACGAACACCAGGAAGUCUGGAGACGGCACACAACAUGAUACACUUUUCGACAAUAUCGGUGCUGUGGAAACGUUGCAGUACAUGAUUAGUCCAGAAGACUUUUUUUCUAGAUAUGUCAUAAAACGAAAACCUGUAGCCAUUCGAGAUGUGGUUAGAUAUUGGCCUGCGUUUAGCGACUGGACAGAUAAGUACUUAUCCCACGCAUACCAUGGUGUAGAUGUAUUCGUUAAGCGACCCCAUGAUAAAGACGAAGAAGGAAUAACUAUGACUAUUGAAAAUUUCAUGGAAUCCUAUGAGAAACAUCAUCUUGAGUUCUCGCACGAAAUCGUGUCGAAGUUACAUGACAGCGUUAUUCUACCAACGUGUUUACGGUGCGACAACAUGUAUGUACAGAAAAUGGGUAGCUUUUUGAAGAUAGGUAGUGGUGGGACGAGUACCUCUGUGCACAUAGAAGAUGACGACGUCUUUUUGUGCGCUGUAAAAGGCAACCAGACCGUGACUCUCGUGUCGCCCCUAUAUAGUAAAGACGUGUACGGCGACGACGGAGACCAACUAGGCGUAUCUCCCAUCAGUUUCACAAAUAUGGAUCUUGAGAAAUUUCCUAGAGUAAGGCAUGCCCACCGGCUAAGCAUUGAGUUAAACGAGGGCGACACGCUCUUCAUCCCUCACUUGUGGUGGCGACAUUAUUUGUUACACGAAGGGCACCACAAGAUGGUGAGUUUUAAGUGGAAGCUGAAUAGAAACGUUAUCGCGGGCGUGGCGAAUUAUCAGGACCAAGCACAUGCAGAUGAUUUAUCUAGAAAGUUGUCGUUCAGCGAUGCGUUGAUACGUUACGAAGAAUUCUUUCACAAAAUCGUGGAUAUGACAGAGCGCCCCCAGUGUACAGGAAUGGAACAACGUAUGAGUGAAUACGAAUUUGAGUCGGCGAGUGACGAGACCCACAAUGACCUAGACAUGAAAGAAGAAGAGCGUUGUUACUUCGAUGUUAAGAAUUUUAGGAGUCCAUGUUAUUUGACGAAGUGCAUGGAAGAAAAUGACAAUGAGCUGGCAUGUCUCAAAGAAAUCUUAAUUUAUUGCUACGAAUGGGAAGACAGGGGUUGUUUAUACACAAAACUACUGGUGAACAAAUUAGGUACAAAAAUAACAUUUGAUACUUGUAGCUUUAGAUGUGGUUCCGUUCAGUUCAGUCUCGUGGUCAUAGGAUAUAAGCUGCGCUUGCGGUUACUGGACAGUAUAACUUCCCGUAGCUACUGCACGAAAGAGCCGGCGAACGACUCGAUAAAUUCCAGUAUGUGUUCAUACAAAUGA